GAGGCCAGGCCAGGAUGAACGGCGAGUCAGGUGCCGGAGUUGUGACGGCCCCCCCUCCCACCACGGCCCCCCACAAGGAGCGGUACUUCGACCGGGUGGACGAGAGCAGUCCAGAGUACCAGAGGGAGAGGAACAUGGCACCCGACCUGCGGCAGGACUUCAACAUGAUGGAGCAGAGGAAGAGGGUCUCCAUGAUACUACAGAGCCCGGCAUUCUGCGAUGAGCUGGAGACAAUGAUCCAGGAUCAGCUGAAGAAGGGGAAGACGCCCACGAGCCUGUUGGCUCUGCAGCAGAUCGCAGACUUCAUGACCACCAGCAUGCCUUCCAUGUAUCCCGCUGCGCCACAAGGAGGCAUGGCGGCGCUCAACAUGAGUUUGGGCAUGGUUACUCCCGUGAAUGAUCUGCGCGGCUCAGACUCUAUCUCCUACGACAAGGGCGAGAAGCUACUUCGCUGCAAGCUGGCUGCCUUCUAUCGGCUCGCUGACUUGUUUGGCUGGUCUGAGCUCAUCUACAACCACCUCACAGUCAGGGUGAAUUCAGACCAGGAGCGUUUCCUUAUUGUCCCUUUCGGGCUCCUGUACAGUGAAGUCACUGCCUCCAGCCUGGUAAAGAUAAACCUUCAAGGUGAGAUAGUGGACCGGGGCAGCACCAACCUCGGAGUCAACCAGGCCGGCUUCAACCUCCACUCUGCCAUCUAUGCUGCACGGCCCGAUGUCAAGUGUAUCAUACAUGUACACACACCUGCGGGUGCUGCGGUGUCGGCCAUGAAAUGCGGCCUGUUGCCCAUCUCACCUGAGGCGCUGUCUCUGGGCGAAGUGGCCUACCAUGACUACCACGGCAUACUGGUGGAUGAGGAAGAGAGCACCCUUAUACAAAGGAACCUAGGGCCUAACAGCAAGGUGCUCAUCCUGAGGAACCAUGGCUUGGUGUCUGUUGGUGAAACAGUGGAGGAAGCUUUCUAUUACAUCCACAACUUGGUCACUGCCUGUGAGAUCCAGGUGCGAACACUGGCCAGCGCUGGAGGGCCUGAUAAUCUAGUGAUGCUGGACCCGGGGAAAUACAAGUCGCGUCCAAGGGUCCCUGAGCCAGUCGGCGACGGGUCCUCAACACACCCCAAGUGGCAAGUCGGGGAGCAGGAGUUUGAGGCUCUCAUGAGAAUGCUCGACAACUUGGGCUACAGGACAGGCUAUCCUUACCGCUGCCCGGCAUUGCGAGACAAAGGUAAAAAGUACAGUGAUGUGGAGAUCGCGUCCUCUGCCCACGGUGGUUACUCAUACGGGGAGGACAGCGACUCAGGUGCUCGCUCCCCGCUGAAACACAGCUUCCAGCGCGGCCAGCGUGACAAGACCCGCUGGCUCAAUGCUGGCGGCCGGCCCGAUGAGCCCUACGAGGACGGGCCCGACGGCAACAGCCCCAAGUCGAAGCCUAAGGUGUGGACGAACAUAACACACGAUCACGUCAAACCCUUGCUGCAGUCUCUCUCGUCCGGUGUCUGCGUGCCAAGCUGUAUAACCAACUGCUUGUGGACAAAGGAAGACGGCCUCCGCCAGGCUGCCGCAGCCAAUCAGUUCAUCCCGUUGAACACCAAUCCAAAGGAAGUCCUGGAAAUGAGGAAUAAGAUCCGGGAGCAGAACCUGCAGGACAUAAAGACAGCAGGGCCCCAGUCUCAGGUUCUGUGUGCCAGCACCGUGGUGGAACGCACCUUUACCCAGGGGGAGCUUGUGACCGCGUCCAAGGCCAUCAUUGAAAAGGAGUACCAGCCCAAGGUGAUCGUCAGCAAGCAGGGUCCCAACCCCUUCACCAAACUCACCGACCAGGAGCUGGAGGAAUACCGCAAGGAGGUGGAGCAGAAACAGAAAGGGCCUGAAGGUAAAGAUGAUGAACGGAGCAGAGAAAUUGAAAGAAUGCAGGGUCGAGGCGCUAGUAGUGAGGGAUCAGCCUCCACCGUAUCCUGUCCUGAGGCUGAAAUGCUACCAAGAGGUGAAGCCUCUGUCUCCACACCUCUACAGUCGACAAGUGACUCGCCCAGCUUAGAGAAAGUCCCGCCUUUAGCGGCCGCACCCACUACACCAGCCUCCGAGCCGAUCUCCUCUUCCCUCGGCCCAGCUCAGGGCGGCACUGACUCUGCAGGGACGCUAGCAGAUGACGUUUUUUCGACUGCAGAUGAGGUUUUUUCAGCUCCAGAUUCCCCACAUAAGGAGUUCCACUGUGCUGUGCUGCGAGCCCUCAGCAAGGAGUCUUCAAUCGUAGAGGUCGCUAAGGCAGAUCAGGCUCCAGACUCGGAGCAACUAGUAGAGCUAGAGGAGGAGUCCGAAGACCAGAAACCCACCUCCACGCCACCCAGCACCCCAGUCAGAGCAGAGGAUGAAUCCUUGCCUGAACAAACCUAUAAGGAUGAGAGCGAUGCAGCCACCCUGAGACAGACCCUUCCAGAUUUAACACCCGAUGACCCCUCCGAUGCCCCAGCACUUCCUGCCGAAGACUCCGCCUCUGCCCCUGCCAUCGCAGACGCCGUCGAGGGGGAGGAACCCGCUGAAGCUGGCGACCAGGAGGGUGAUGAGUCUCCCAGCAAAUCACCCUCUAAAAAGAAAAAGAAGUUCCGCACUCCUUCCUUUCUAAAGAAAAACAAAAAAAAGACAGAGUCCUAGAUUGGAGAAUGUUGGAUCGGUCCUCAAGGCUGCCCUCCGCCUCUUUUAAGUUUUGCUAUUUGUCUGCUAUCAUUGCACCCUUCGAGCAAGCCACAGUUAUACACAGUUACGCUUUUUUGUUCUUUUGGUAUCAUUUGUCGCUGGCUUAUUAACCUAUUUUUCCUCGUUAGUGUGUGCCAAUUUUGUAUACAGUGUAAAAAUGAUUGCAUCAGAAUUUUUAAUUAUUAGAGGCUUUUAGUUGUGAGUGAGUGAUGCAUUCAGUCUUGUCCACUCCAUCUGGCCUUUUGUGCAUGUCUAUUACUGCAGGCCCACACGCUUGAUGUGAGGUUUUAGGGUUUUACCACCCUCAUUUUUUUUUUUAAAAAGAGUAUUACUAAACUGUUAUAACCACUAGAAUGUAUUGGGAUUGUAUCAAAUUGUCAAAGUGUCUUUUAAAAUCCAGUGAACGCAGAAAGAGAAGCUUGUGCCCUCUCAUUUAACUGGUGGUAAAUUCUGACAGUAAGAACUACAAAUUACAUAUUUCUAAUUUUACCUCUGAAGCUGUGCACCCAUGUAAUUACAUGUUAGCAGGCCAGGAGAACUACAGUUGGGAUAUUUUCAGUGGAUUGUUUACCUAUGGAAAAUGCCGUCAAACAGAGUCCAUAUUAAUGUAUCCAUAAUCCAACAUUAUGAUUAAAUCGUCUGCAUACAAGCUUAAUCACAUCCACGGUUUGUUGACUUUUGUUGACUUAAAUUUGAUUUAAUCUUUCACAAACCAGAUUCAUUAAAAACACCCAUCUGCAGUGCUGCAAACCUGCAGAAAGUUUGACCAUAGUGAUGUUGAGCAUGACUCACAGCAAAGUGUGAGUCAUCCUUGGAAGUGUCAGCAAGGCUUGUGCCUGCUGAUUAUUCGCAGAGGUUGAUAAUGUAUUUACUACUGGCUGUAAGUCUUUAGUAUGAAGGAAUGUGUAAAAAAAACAAAAUCUCAGUUUACAUUUUUCAUUUAUUGGGAUUAUUGAUUCUUGGCUUUAUUUUGCAUUUACCCCUUGAUUUCUCUCUGUUGCUGUGAAGGACGGGACAGGCAGAUAUGCUAUGUAUUGUGUGAGAUUUCAUAUUUCAUCAUCAUAUUUCUUUUAUUCUUGAUAAUGUCUUUAAUUUUUUUUUUUUUUAACUUGUUGCGCUUUUUGUCACAAAGUAGAUUGAGCCAUGACGACUUGCUGUGAGAGAGCACUGUGAACCUCCUCUUUUAUAAACCACUGUCUGGGAACUCAUACCACACACUGUAGGUUGUAGGUAGUCACAGUCUGUCAUAGAAGUAGAUACAGUUGUUAUGGAACAUGAGAGUGGUAAAGUCACUGCUGCGAAGCUGCAUGAUCAGUCAUUUUUCAGAACCUUCAACUUGGACUUUCCUGUGUAAAAACUCCACUCUGAGCAAACAGACUUUGUCGCUGAAUACCUGUGUGUUUCCAGUUGCAGUAAAGACACAAUGUACACUGGAGAAGCUAUUGCAUUUUUGUUUUGUCAUUGAUGUGUAAUCAUUGCAAAUGAGCUGUGCUUGAGGUUGCAGGGCAUUAAUACCAAGGCCAUCUCCAUGCAUUGCUUCCUAAUUUGGGUUUAUUCAUCCUGUUUUAGUGAGGGGUUCAUCAUCAAUCUGUCCAACUCAUGGUGAACCAAAAGGCAACACUGACAGGAAGCUUCACCUAACCUGAGAUGCUUAAAAAACCUUGGCCUUUGUUCACUGCAGGUGGUUUACCUACAGAGCUACAUAUAAGCUGAGAAUGUCUAACUCCUGAAGGACUGCAUGUGUAGAGUGCUUAGAGCGUGUACUGUCCUUUAAAUGACUGUAACUACCCCUUUUUAUUUGAUCUGUAUUUUAUUUUAGCUUUAGUGUGCUGAUAAUAAUACUAAAGUCCUUGUAUUCAUGGAUUUUAUUUGAGUCAACUAUACAUUUAUAUCUUUUUUUUUUUUUUUUUUUUUUUUUUAAUCCCACAGCUUUGCUGAUUUGUAUUCUCUGUCUGAAAUACUUCCAAUUUAAAUGUGUCUCAUCAUUAUACCAUUUACAGACUUAAUACUUCCACCUCUCUUUUCUCAUGGUUCUGCCUCUUUUACAACCAUGAAUAAAAAAACACUACCUUAAAAAAACA